CAUAUCGUCCAGUCACAGACAUUUUCCCAGCCAGUUUCUCAGGAACCAAACAAGUUAUGGCAGUCCCCUCUGUUUUCUCCGUCAUCUUCCUCUUCCUUUCGUUGACAUCUCCAACACUCUCAGACCCAUCAUCAGACCAUCCACGAACAUUCAUUGUCCACGUGUCAAGAUCACACAAGCCUGCCUUCUUCUCCUCACACCACCACUGGUAUACCUCCAUCAUCCACUCCCUACCUCCCCGACCUCACCCUGCCAAGAUCGUCUAUACCUACGACCGUGCCCUUAAUGGCUUCUCUGCUCAGCUGACCGGCGUCCAGGUGGCGAAACUCCGUCAGAUCCCUGGCAUCAUCUCAGUCCAACCGGACCAGAUUCGCCAGAUCCAUACCACUCGCACACCUCACUUUUUAGGGCUUACCGAUAAUUACGGUCUCUGGCAGAACUCCAAUUAUGGCGAUGGAGUGAUAAUUGGAGUUCUCGAUACCGGAAUUUGGCCUGAACGCCGGAGUUUUUCUGAUUUAGGUUUGUCAGCUGUUCCUGAUACAUGGAAAGGUGUUUGCGAAACAUCCUCUGAUUUUCCGGCUUCCGCUUGCAACGGGAAGAUAAUAGGAGCAAGAGCGUUUUAUAAGGGCUAUGAAUCUUAUAUGAGAAGACCGAUUGAUGAAUCAAAGGAGUCAAAAUCGCCGAGAGAUACGGAAGGUCAUGGCACGCACACUGCGUCUACUGCAGCUGGUUCUGCCGUUUAUAACGCAAGUCUCUUUGAAUAUGCCCAAGGAGUAGCUCGGGGAAUGGCUUCCAGAGCCCGAAUUGCAGCAUACAAAAUAUGCUGGAGCUUAGGUUGUUUUGAUUCUGAUAUUCUUGCAGCUAUGGAUCAAGCGGUUGCCGAUGGUGUCGAUGUUAUUUCUUUAUCUGUUGGUUCUAGCUACGCUUCUCCAUAUGAUCAAGAUUCGAUCGCCAUUGGUGCUUUUGGUGCUGUCCAGCAUGGUGUAGUUGUGUCAUGUUCAGCGGGGAACUCCGGGCCCGGUCCACAAACAGCUGUUAACAUUGCUCCAUGGAUUUUAACAGUUGGUGCUUCCACGAUCGAUCGAGAAUUUCCAGCUGAUGUAGUACUUGGCAACGGAAAGGUGUUUGGUGGUGUGUCCUUGUAUUCUGGUGAUCCUCUCCCUAAUUCCAAACUUCCCGUAGUUUAUGCCGGCGAUUGUGGGAGUAGAUAUUGUUACACGGGAAGCCUUAGUCAGUCUAAAGUUCAAGGAAAGAUUGUGGUGUGUGAUCGAGGAGGGAACGCGAGAGUUGAGAAGGGAAGUGCAGUGAAGCUUGCCGGUGGACUUGGGAUGAUACUAGCCAACACAGAAGAUAGUGGAGAAGAGCUGCUUGCGGAUUCCCAUCUUGUGCCGACGACCAUGGUGGGUCAAAUCGCCGGAGAUCAAAUUAAAGAGUACGUUAAGUUAGCUCAAUAUCCUACAGCAACAAUUUUGUUUCGUGGAACUGUAAUUGGAACUUCACCACCAGCUCCAAAGGUGGCAGCAUUUUCAAGCCGUGGUCCAAACCAUAUAACACCAGAGAUUCUUAAGCCGGACAUUAUUGCUCCCGGCGUUAACAUCUUGGCUGGUUGGACUGGAGCUAGUGCACCAACAGAUUUGGACAUUGAUCCAAGGAGAGUUGACUUCAAUAUAAUUUCCGGUACUUCAAUGUCUUGCCCGCACGCUAGUGGCAUUGCAGGUUUGCUUCGAAAGGCAUAUCCGAACUGGUCACCAGCUGCAGUGAAGUCUGCGUUAAUGACAACUGCAUUCAAUCUUGAUAAUUCAGGGAAGAAUAUCAUAGAUCUUGCUAGUGGCGAUGAAUCAACGCCCUUUAUUCAUGGAGCAGGGCAUGUAGAUCCCAACAGAGCUUUGAAUCCAGGGUUGGUGUAUGACAUUGAUACUAAUGACUAUGUUGCAUUCCUUUGCUCUAUCGGAUACGAUGCUGAUCGAAUUGCUGUAUUUGUAAGACAGCCUGCUAGUUCAGAUGUAUGUGCACAAAGUUUGGAAAAUCCGGGGUAUCUUAAUUACCCAUCAUUUGCUGUGGUUUUCAAGUCCAACAGUGGUAUUGUUAAAUACAAGAGAGCAGUGAAAAAUGUAGGGAGUUCAGUUGAUGCAGUCUAUGAUGUUAAGGUGAAUGCCCCUGAAAAUGUCGACGUCCAUGUUUCUCCGAGCAAGCUUGUGUUCAGUGCAGAAAACCAAUCAAUCUCCUAUGAGAUCACAUUCUCAAGUGUGGGGUUGGGGUGGUUUGAUAUCAGGACAUCGAGUUAUGGUUCAAUUGAAUGGAGCGAUGGAGUUCAUCUAGUUAGAAGUGCUAUUGCUGUCAGGUGGAGUCAAGGAUAUAGAGAUUCCAUUUGAGUUGCAAAUGGAUGAUGAUGCUGUGAGUUCAAUCAAUUAACCAGGUAUUGUUCAGCUCUUUGAUAUGUGCUUAAAUUAUCUACCCCUUUGUACCAACUAGAAAAUCUUGGUUUGGCCUUUGUGUAUGAAUUAAAGUAGUGGGUGAUCCAACUUAUCAAAAAUUUGAGUCCAUUAUUAAAAAAGUGGAACAAGUCUCACAGCGGGCGGGAUCAGGGAUGGCGAGGUCAGGGACGUGUAAUAUGUACCCACCCAGACAUUAUCCCACAUAAUAUUGUUGAAAAUCCGUUAUUAUAUUAAUAAUAAUAUAGAAAAUGGCUUCUAAAAAAAA